AUGACCACAAACCAGAUUGGAUUAACUGACAGAAAGCUUGACAGGCUUUUGGCCGUGUCAGUGUUGUUUCUGUCUGGCUUGUUGUAUCAGAGUAAGGGAAAAUGCCUUACUAUAAAUACAGUGAAACAACCGUCAUCUACAGCGUCGUUUCUUUGGCUUCGAGAUGUUACAGACAUAGAGCUAAAGCGACUGAAAGAUGCUUUCAAGAGAACUUGUGGACUCUCAUAUUAUAUGACUCAACAGUGCUUCAUUAGGGAAGUUCUUGGUGAUGGAGUCCCUCCAAAAGUUGCUGAGGUUAUCUACUGUUCAUUUGGAGGAAUAUCCAAAGGGCUGCAUUUCAAUAACUUGAUAGUCGGAUUAGUGCUACUUACAAGAGGCAGAGAGGAAGAGAAAGCAAAAUACAUUUUCAGUCUCUUUUCUAAUGAAUCUGGGAGUUAUGUUGUCCGUGAAGAGAUGGAGAAGAUGCUGCAUGUGGUUGAUGGGAAAGUCCCAGAGUCACUCAAGAAAUGUUUCUCUGAGGGUGAAAAGGUAAACUAUGAGAAGUUCAGGGUUUGGCUCUUACACAACAAAGAUGCUUUCACGUUUUCCCGGUGGCUGCUGUCUGGAGGUGUGUAUGUGACACUCACUGAUGAUAGUGAUACUCCUACCUUCUAUCAAACCCUGGCCGGGGUCACACACUUGGAAGAAUCCGACAUCAUUGAUCUCGAAAAACGAUACUGGCUGCUGAAAGCUCAGUCAAGAACUGGACGGUUUGAUUUAGAAACAUUUGCCCCCUUAGUUUCCCCUCCUAUUCAUCCAUCUCUGAGUGAAGGUUUGUUUAAUGCUUUUGAUGAAAACCGAGACAAUCACAUAGACUUUAAAGAAAUUUCCUGUGGGCUCUCAGCAUGUUGCAGGGGACCCUUGGCAGAAAGACAGAAGUUUUGCUUCAAGGUUUUUGACAUUGACCGGGAUGGUGUGUUGUCUCGCACCGAACUUAAAGAAAUGGUGGUUGCUCUUUUAGAGGUCUGGAAAGAUAACCGUACUGAUAAAAUACCGGAGUUGGACAUGGAUUUAUCUGAAAUUGUUGAAGAUAUUUUGAAAAUGCAUGAUACCACAAAGCUUGGACACCUCACUCUGGAGGACUACCAGAUAUGGAGUGUGAAGAGUGCACUUGCCAAUGAAUUUUUAAAUCUGCUCUUUCAGGUGUGUCAUAUAGUUUUGGGGCUGAGACCUGCCACUCCAGAAGAGGAGGGACAGAUUAUUAGAGGCUGGUUAGAAAGAGAAAGCAGGUAUGGCCUUCAGCCAGGGCACAACUGGUUUCUUAUUGCAAUGCCGUGGUGGCACCAGUGGAAAGAGUAUGUCAAAUACGAUGCAAACCCUGUUGUGAUAGAGCCUUCAUCUGUCUUGAGUGGAGGUAAGAAUUCACUCGUAGCUGCUGCAGCCAAUACUUCAGAACAGGGAGAAGACAAAAUGGGAGGUCUUAAUUACUUCAGUGCAACAGAAGAAAAGUUUUCAGAUAAUAUUUCUACUGCAUCAGAAGCCUCAGAGACUACUAGCAGCAAUGCUCUUUACCCUGGCACACCAGGGACUGAUGUAUGUUUUGCUAGGCAGCAUAAUACUUCAGACAAUAAUAACCAGUGUUUCCUUGGAAGCAAUGGGAAUACUCUGCUACAGCUUAAUCCUCAGAAACCAGGAGCUAUUGAUAACCAACCCCUAGUAACUCAAGAACCAGUGAAGGCUGCAUCAUUAACAAUGGAAGGUGGAAGAUUAAAGCGAUCUCCACAAUUGGUUGAAGGAAAGGACUACAUAAUGGUACCAGAACCAGUUUGGAGAGCACUUUACCAUUGGUAUGGAGCAAAUCUGUCCUUGCCUAGGCCGGUGAUCAAAAACAGCAAAACAAAUGUGCCUGAACUAGAGCUAUUUCCUCGCUACCUGCUCUUCCUGAGACAGCAGCCUGCCACUCGAACGCAGCAGUCCAACAUCUGGGUGAAUAUGGGGAACGUCCCUUCACCGAAUGCUCCUUUAAAAAGAGUGUUGGCUUACACCGGCUGCUUUAGUCGAAUGCAGACAAUUAAAGAGAUACAUGAAUAUCUCUCCCAGAGGCUACGUAUAAAAGAAGAAGAUAUGCGCCUCUGGUUAUACAAUAGUGAGAACUAUCUUACUUUGCUGGAUGAUGAAGAUCACAGACUGGAGUAUCUUAAAAUCCAAGAUGAGCAGCAUUUAGUAAUAGAAGUUCGAAACAAAGACAUGAGCUGGCCAGAGGAGAUGUCUUUUAUAGCAAACAGCAGUAAAAUAGACAGACAUAAAGUUCCUACUGAAAAGGGUGCUACUGGAUUAAGCAAUCUGGGUAACACAUGCUUCAUGAACUCCAGUAUCCAGUGUGUCAGUAACACACAACCUCUAACACGGUAUUUCAUCUCAGGAAGACACCUCUAUGAACUUAACAGGACAAAUCCAAUAGGAAUGAAAGGACACAUGGCCAAGUGCUAUGGGGAUUUGGUUCAGGAGUUGUGGAGUGGAACACAGAAGAAUAUAGCACCGUUAAAGCUGCGGUGGACAAUAGCAAAAUACGCUCCAAGAUUUAAUGGCUUUCAACAGCAAGACUCACAGGAGCUUCUGGCUUUUCUUUUGGAUGGUCUUCAUGAGGAUUUGAACAGAGUUCAUGAUAAGCCCUAUGUUGAACUGAAAGACAGCGAUGGUCGACCAGACUGGGAAGUAGCAGCAGAGGCCUGGGAAAACCAUCUGAGAAGAAACAGAUCCAUUGUUGUAGAUUUAUUUCAUGGGCAGCUGAAGUCACAAGUAAAAUGUAAAACUUGUGGACAUAUAAGUGUUAGAUUUGACCCUUUUAAUUUUUUAUCCUUGCCUUUGCCAAUGGAUAGCUACAUGCACCUAGAAAUCACAGUAAUUAAAUUAGAUGGUACUACUCCUGUUCGAUACGGCCUGAGAUUGAACAUGGAUGAAAAGUAUACAGGUUUGAAGAAACAGUUAAGUGAACUCUGUGGGCUAAAGCCAGAACAGAUUCUACUUGCAGAAGUGCAUAGCUCCAAUAUAAAGAACUUUCCUCAAGACAACCAGAAAGUCCGGUUAUCAGUGAGUGGGUUUUUGUGUGCAUUUGAAAUACCAAUUCCAGGAUCCCCUACAUCAGCAUCGAGUCCUGUGCAGACAGAUGUCUCCACUGGGCCAUCAGCUAAUGGAGCACCCAACAUAAUGAUGAAUGGGGACCUUCCUAAACCAACCCUGAUUCCAAACGGAAUGCCAAAUACCGUAGUGCCAUGUGGAACAGAGCGUAACCUUGCCAACUGGACUCUCAACGGUCAUGUGCCCUUGCUUUCUGAUAGUCCAUGUACAGGGUAUAUCAUUGCAGUCCACAGAAAAAUGAUGCGGACAGAAUUAUAUUUCCUUUCAUCUCAGAAGAAUCGUCCUAGUCUGUUUGGAAUGCCACUGAUUGUUCCUUGUACUGUUCAUACACGGAAAAAAGACCUGUAUGAUGCAGUGUGGAUUCAGGUUUCCAGGCUUGCUAGCCCUCUGCCGCCUCAGGAAGCCAGUAAUCAUGCCCAGGACUGUGAUGAUAGCAUGGGAUAUCAGUAUCCGUUCACCCUAAGGGUAGUUCAGAAGGAUGGCAAUUCUUGUGCUUGGUGUCCGUGGUACCGAUUUUGCCGUGGCUGUAAAAUUGAGUGCACAGAAGACAGAGCUUGUGUUGGGAAUGCUUACAUUGCGGUAGACUGGGAUCCAACUGCACUCCAUCUGCGCUACCAGACGUCGCAAGAACGGAUCGUAGAAGAACAUGAAAGUGUUGAGCAAAGCCGACGAGCUCAAGCAGAGCCCAUCAAUCUGGAUAGUUGUCUUAGAGCCUUCACCAGUGAGGAAGAACUGGGGGAGGAUGAGAUGUACUACUGUUCCAAAUGCAAGACCCAUUGUUUGGCCACCAAAAAACUGGAUCUUUGGAGACUUCCCCCUAUUUUGAUCAUUCACCUGAAAAGAUUUCAGUUUGUAAAUGGCCGCUGGAUAAAAUCUCAGAAGAUUGUUAAAUUUCCCAGAGAAAAUUUUGACCCAAGUGCCUUUUUGGUACAAAGGGAUCCAAGUCAUUUUCAAAGAAAGCAGCUGACGCUCCAGGUUGACAGCCUUCCUGAACCACGGGCUCUCCAGGGGGAGUCUAGGAAAACAGACCUGCAGAUCACUUACACACUGGGAGAAGGAGAUGUACUGAACAGAAGUCCAUCCUCCCUUAACACUACUGUCCUGAAUAAUAUCAAAGCAUCUCCGUCUUUGGGGAGGAAAAGUGGAACCAGCUGUCCUUCAAGUAAAAACAGUAGCCCAAAUAGUAGCCCAGGGACUUUAGGAAGAGGUAAAGGGCGUCUGCGGCUACCACAGCUGGGUAAAAACAAGCUGUCAAGUAGCAAAGAAAAUUUGGAUGCAAGUAAGGAGAAUGGUACUGACCAGGAGCAGAGAAUUACUUCUGAUCAGAGUGAUGCUCUCACUAGAGGGCAGAUUUUGGGUGGUAGCCAGAGUGAACUAUAUACUGCUCAGGACAAUGAGAUGCCUCUAGCCAACGGAUACAUCUGUGAGCAGAAUGCAUACAGUAACGGCAGUAUCAACGGUCAAGUCGAUAACCACAGCGAGGAUGAUAUCACAGAUGACCAAAGAGAAGAAGUAUGCGUUAACCCUAUUUACAAUCUAUAUGCAAUUUCGUGCCAUUCAGGAAUUAUGGGAGGGGGUCAUUACGUCACUUAUGCCAAAAACCCAAACAACAAGUGGUACUGCUACAAUGACAGUAGCUGUAAGGAAUUGCAUCCCGAUGAGAUCGACACCGACUCUGCCUACAUUCUUUUCUACGAGCAGCAGGGGGUAGACUAUGCACAAUUUCUGCCAAAGAUAGACGGCAAAAAGAUGGCAGACACGAGCAGCAUGGAUGAAGACUUUGAGUCCGAUUACAAGAAGUACUGUGUUUUACAGUAAGCAGAUGAUCUUCCGUGGACUGUUUUGAGAAUGUGAGGAGGGUUAACAUCCGGCAACUUACAUUUGGCAAAAACGAUGUUGAAACAGGUAACCGAAGUGUAGUUAUUUUACCCUGUGAUCUGAAAGCACAAACAGAAAACCCUAAUGAAAUAGCAGUUAAUAUAAGGAUAGUAUUGUUUUGUUCUGUUAUCUCACUACAUGCUCUAAACAUUUCUGAUGUUAGACAUCAGGCUGAGACUGCCAUUGGCCUUUAAAUAAAAUGGUUUGAGAAAAGCCGACUAGGACCAAAUAAGAGCUAAAUUAAAUAGUCCAAAUAAGAGCUAAACAAAGUAGUGUGGAGUUUACCAACUGUUCUAACAACCCCCUAAGGCUCUCUUUAGGUUUAAGAUAAUGGGGAAAAAAAAUUGUAGUGUUGUCUUUGGACAACAUGAUAUUGCUACCUCCUUUUUCCUGCAGUUUUAUUGCAUUUUAUUGGCAAAACAGGGAAAGCAAGAGAAUGAAAAGUGCACAAACUUAAGGAAUUAUCAUCCAGAGUAAGAGAAGUUCCCAGUUUUGCCACCACUAACGUGUGUCAGUUGCUUUCUUUCUGUAUGUUGGGAGCACAACCAAAUCAUAAUUUGAGAAGAGAUUAAUUUCUACACUUGAAUGGUUUAUUAUAAUUGU